UGGAGGUUUGAGGCAGACACGUAAAGUGUCCACACAGCAUGGGCCCGAGGAAGGGGAACGCAGAGGGACAACGAGCCCCACGCCCCUGGGAUGCCCACGGCCGAGGCCCCCCAGGCAGCUGGCGGACAGGGCGAUGGAGGUGAUGGCGAGGAGGCAGAGCCGGAGGGGAUGUUCAAGGCCCCCAAGGACUCCAAGAGAAAAGUCCGGGACUACCUCCGCCUGGCGCCCCUGUGGCUGGCCCUUGUCGUGCUGGCUUCGGUGGGGGUCCUGCUCUGGUAUUUCCUAGGGUACAAGGCGGAGGUCACGGUCAGCCAGGUGUACUCGGGGAGCCUCCGCGUGCUCAAUCGCCACUUCUCCCAGGACCUCGCCCGCCGGGAGUCCAGUGCCUUCCGCAGUGAAACGGCCAAAGCCCAGAGGAUGCUCAAGGAGCUCAUUGCUAGCACCCGCCUGGGGCCUUACUACAACUCCAGCUCAGUCUAUUCGUUUGGGGAGGGGCCUCUCACCUGCUUCUUCUGGUUCAUCCUCCAAAUCCCCGAGCACCGCCGGCCGAUGCUGAGCCCCGAGGUGGUGCGGGCGUUGCUGGCGGAGGAGAUACAGUCCACGGCCAACGGCUCGGCCCCCGCCCCCUACAGGGCCGACUACGAGGUGGACCCCGAGGGCCUGGUGAUCCUGGAGGCCAGCGUGAAAGACAUAGUUGCCCUGAACGCCACGCUGGGCUGCUACCGCUACAGCUACGUGGGCCAGGGCCAGGUUCAACGGCUGAAGGGGCCCGACCACCUGGCCUCCAGCUGCCUGUGGCACCUGCAGGGCCCCAAGGAUCUCAUGCUCAAACUCCGGCUCGAGUGGACGCUGGCCGAGUGCCGGGACCGGCUGGCCAUGUACGACGUGGCCGGGCCCCUGGAGAGGAGGCUCAUCACCUCGGUCUACGGCUGCAGUCGCCAGGAGCCCGUGGUGGAAGUCCUGGCAUCCGGCGCCGUCAUGGCCGUGGUCUGGAAGAAAGGCCUGCACAGCUACUACGACCCCUUUGUACUCUCCGUGCAGCCUGUCGCCUUCCAGGCUUGCGAGGUGAACCUGACCCUGGAGGGCCGUCUGGAGCCGCAGGGCGUCCUCAGCACGCCUUACUUCCCCAGCUACUACUCACCCAGCACCCACUGCUCCUGGCACCUCAUGGUGCCCUCCCUGGACUACGGCUUAGCCCUCUGGUUUGACGCCUAUGCUCUGCGGAGGCAGAGGUAUGACCUGCCGUGCACCCAGGGACAGUGGACGAUCCAGAACCGGAGGCUGUGUGGCCUGCGCACCCUGCAGCCCUAUGCCGAGAGGAUCCCCGUGGUGGCCAGCGCCAGCAUCACCGUGAACUUCACCUCCCAGAUCCCGCUCACCGGGCCCGGCGUGCAGGUGCACUACGGAUUAUACAACCAGUCAGAUCCCUGCCCUGGAGAGUUCCUCUGCUCUGUGAAUGGCCUGUGUGUGCCAGCCUGCGAUGGGGUCAAGGACUGCCCCAACGGCCUGGACGAGCGGAACUGCGUCUGCAGAGCCACAUUCCAGUGCCAAGAAGACAGCACGUGCAUCUCACUGUCCAGGAUCUGUGACCGGCAGCCUGACUGUCUCAACGGGAGUGAUGAGGAGCAGUGCCAGGGAGGGGUGCCUUGUGGGACAUUCACCUUCCAGUGUGAGGACCGCAGCUGCGUGAAGAAGCCCAACCCGGAGUGUGACGGGCUGCUGGACUGCAGGGACGGCUCAGACGAGCAGCACUGUGACUGUGGCCUCCAGGGCCCCUCCGGCCGCAUAGUGGGCGGCGCCGUGUCUUCGGAGGGCGAGUGGCCCUGGCAGGCCAGCCUCCAGGUUCGGGGCCGACACAUCUGUGGGGGGGCGUUGAUCGCUGACCGCUGGGUGAUAACAGCCGCUCACUGCUUCCAGGAGGACAGCAUGGCCUCCCCGGCGCUGUGGACCGUGUUCCUGGGCAAGGUGUGGCAGAGCUCGCGCUGGCCGGGCGAGGUGUCCUUCAAGGUGAGCCGCCUGCUCCUGCACCCUUACCACGAGGAGGACAGCCACGACUACGACGUGGCCCUGCUGCAGCUCGACCACCCCGUGGUGCGCUCGCCCGCCGUGCGCCCCGUCUGCCUGCCCGCGCGCUCCCACUUCUUCGAGCCCGGCCUGCACUGCUGGAUCACGGGCUGGGGCGCCCUGCGCGAGGGCGGCCCCACCAGCAACGGUUUGCAGAAAGUCGAUGUGCAGCUGAUCCCGCAGGAUCUGUGCAGCGAGGCCUAUCGCUACCAGGUGACGCCCCGCAUGCUGUGUGCCGGCUACCGGAAGGGCAAGAAGGAUGCCUGCCAGGGCGACUCGGGAGGCCCGCUUGUGUGUAAGGAGCCCAGUGGCCGCUGGUUCCUGGCGGGGCUGGUCAGCUGGGGCCUGGGCUGUGGCCGGCCCAAUUACUUUGGUGUCUACACCCGCAUCACAGGAGUGAUUGGCUGGAUCCAGCAGGUGCUGAGCUGA